GCCCCAUUGGGUUUUUAUUCAAAUCGUGCGGUGACUAUAUUCUUCUCCUGCUCCGAAUCUUCUAAAACGAGCCUCUUCCCGCCUCUCUAUCUCCUUUUCAAGCGUAUUUUCGAUUUGCAUCUCGAUUAUUUCCUCAGCAGUAAUAAUCUUGCGGCAUACUGUACUCUCUCUGCUGUGAUUCUUCGAAGAAACCCUAAUCGUAAGUUAUCAGUAUCACAGUUCAUUAAAUAGGAUCACCCAACAAGAACUAUAAACUUUGUAUUCAUGCAAGGACAGCAUGUAGAAUAGUUGAAGCAGCUUGAGCAAUUCCUGGGAUGAUGUGAACAUGAAAGUUGUUCAAUGGAUAUCCCGAGAUUCUAAGGGGCCUAGCAUUUUAACUUUGCAGGUUAAUAUGUUGAAGCAACAAUGAUAAUUUGAAAUAGCUUCUCGUUUUUGUGCCCUUGAAUCAAUUUGGAGUUGGUUUGUUUGGGGAUUUGAUUAGUGAUGGAAUGCAAUAAAGAAGAGGCAGCAAGGGCGAAGGGGAUUGCUGAGCAAAAGAUGCGAAACAAUGAUUUUGUUGGUGCUCAUAAAAUUGCACUCAGAGCCCAACAUCUUUAUAAAGAUUUGGACAAUAUUUCCCAGAUGCUAAUGGUUUGUGCUGUGCAUUGUGCUGCUGAUAAGAAACUGUUUGGGAAUGAGAUGGACUGGUAUGGCAUCCUUCAGAUUGAGCCGACAGCUGAUGAGGCCACAAUUAAGAAGCAGUACAGGAAGUUUGCUCUCUUACUUCACCCUGACAAAAAUAAGUUCCCCGGCGCAGAGGCUGCUUUCAAGUUGAUUGGUGAAGCUCAAAGGGUGCUAUCAGACAAAGGAAACAGAUCCUUGUAUGACAUUAAACGGAAAGUUUCCAUAAGUAAAUCAGCAGCGCCUUACAUGCCUCAUCAGAGAGCAACUUAUAGCUCAAAAAUUGGGGUUCAAAACAAUUAUAGGAGCAACUUCGUGGGCUUCAAUCUUCAACAGGAGCACACACAGCAGUCAAUACAUCAACAGGGGUCCAUCAAUGGUCAUGCGACUUUCCAGACGGCUUGUCCAUUCUGUGAUGUGAAGUACCAGUAUCAUGUUAAUCUUUUGUAUAGGUAUCUUCUUUGUCAAAAUUGUAGUAAGCACUUUAUAGCACGUCAUUGUCUUGCGCAAGGGGCUCCAACAGGAACUAAUUCGAACCAAUCAGCAAUUCCCCCAAGGAAAGAUGUGCCAAAUCAUGGUUCUAUCAAAGAACUUGACCGUCAGAACAAUUCAAGUUCUGAGCAAUCUAAAACCGAGUCCUUUCAAAAGAAAGGUUGCGAUCCCAAGUUGGCUUCACAAAAGGCAAAUGGCAAAAGGCGGAGGAAAAAAGACUCCGAUAGUAGCAUUUAUAGUGAAAAUGUGGUAGUUGAUGAAGCUGGUGAUUUUGAGGAAGGAUUGAAUUCAAGAUGUUUUGAUGAAUACCGAAGGAGAUCUGAUCGACAUAAACAGAAGGUUUCUUGCAAGGAAAAUUUGAGUGAUGAUGAAGACUUUGUGACCCAUCCAAAAAGGGCCAAGGGGAGUGGAUCAUCCUGCGCAACUGAAGAGGAGUACAGAAAUGGCUUAAAGGACGAUUUUCUUAAAGCAACAAAGUAUUCUGGUCUAGCUUCUUGUGAAAAAGGUCAUAAUGGGGAGAAACAAAAAGCAGGUCCAAAGAGCUCUUUAGAAGAAAAUCAUCAUGAGAGAAGCAAUGAGGUUCAUAUUCAUUCUGCUUCAGAUUCAAGCUCCAAAUCUGUAUCUGAUCCUGAGCUCCAUGAGUGUCCUGAUCCAGAUUUCAAUGACUUUGACAAAGGCCGGAAUGAAGGUUGUUUUUCGGUAGGGCAGAUCUGGGCUGUAUAUGAUACCUUGGAUGCUAUGCCUAGAUUUUGUGCUCUAAUUAGGAAAGUUUUCUCUCCUAAGUUCAAAUUGCGGGUAACCUGGCUGGAGUCAAACCCAGAUGAUGAGGAUGGAAUUGAAUGGGUCAAUGAGGGUUUGCCAACUUCAUGUGGUAAUUUCAGACAUGGAGACUCUGAAAAUACUGAAAAUUGUCUUAUGUUCUCACAUGUCAUCAGCUGGGAAAAGGGCAGCCAGAGGAACACGUACAAGAUAUUUCCAAGAAAAGGAGAAAUUUGGGCUGUCUUUAAGAACUGGGAUAUUAAAUGGAAAUCUGAUGUGGACACUAACCGGAAGUUUGAAUAUGAAUUUGUAGAAAUCUUGUCAGAAUAUACUGAGGAUGUUGGUGCAUCUGUUGCAUAUUUGGGCAAGGUUAAGGGCUAUGUGAGUCUUUUUUGUCGAAUCAGCAAGGAAGGAAAAGACAAAUUUCAAAUUCCACCAGGUGAACUAUUCCGCUUCUCUCAUAUGAUUCCAUCAUUUAAAUUGACGGGUGAGGAAAGACAAGGUGUACCAAGGGGAUCUUUUGAACUCGAUCCUGCUUCUUUGCCCAAAAAUAUUGAAGAGGUCGCUCUUGCUGAAGAUAUAGUGGUUGACGUUGGUAAGGCUUAUGCUGUCAGCACAGGCUCAAAAUCAUCAGAUAAAGUGAAAUCCAAUGUGGAAUCUGAAGGAAGUACUGCUGCUCAGCAGGCAGAUUUGCAAGGUGCUGAUCUGGAACCUGAAGUUACAUAUGAGGAAUGCAGUGCUCCGCCAACUUCAACCCCGGAAGAUAUUGAAAUUCCAGAACCAGAAUUCUUCAACUUUGAUGCUGAGAAAUCCAUUGAAAAGUUCCAAGUAGGUCAGAUAUGGUCAUUGUACAGUGAUGAGGAUGGCUUGCCAAAGUACUAUGGUCAAAUUACAAAAAUUGGUACUGGCCAGGGUUUCAAAUUGUGGCUUAGGUGGCUUAUACCAUGUGCACUGCCGAAUGAUGUAAUUCAAUGGCGUGAUGAGGAUAUGCCUAUUUGCUGUGGUAGAUUUAGUACUAGAAAGGGUGGAUUACAAUCCUAUUCAUCCACUGAUGCCUUCUCACAUCAGUUAAGUGCAGAACCUGUUGGUAAGAAAAAUGAAUAUACCAUCUUGCCUAGGAAAGGUCAGGUUUGGGCACUGUACAGGAACUGGUCUGCUCAGAUUAACCAUUAUGAAUUGAAUGAAUGUAAAUAUGAUGCAGUGGAAGUGCAGGAGGAAAAUGAUUUAGUGAUCAAAGUUUCACUUUUGGAGAAAGUCGAAGGUUUCAACUCAGUUUUCAAGGCUCGAUUAAACGAAGGAUUAGCUGUCAUAAUGGAGGUUCACUGUGUCGAGCUGCUUAGAUUCUCACAUCAGAUUCCUGCUUUUCGACUAACAGAAGAGAGGGGUGGCAGCCUGAGAGGCUUUUGGGAACUUGAUCCUGCAGCACUGCCAGUUCAUUUAUGAGUUGAAACGGUAGGUUUAUCCGAACGUCAUCUAUUUGCAGUUGAUAUCAACAGACAGCGCAUGUUUUGGGAAAUGCUGUUUGGUAAUUGAUGCUUAAUUCCCAGUUUUCCGGUGUGCCUGGAUGAUGGACGCCAAGUUGAUUCUGCUUGCAUCAAUGCAUCAACUGUGUUUUAUGAUCGCUUUUGGAAGUUUCUGCAUUUAGAUAGAAAGAGAACUGCUAGCUGACUUGAUGACUCUCAUUUUGUCUAGCUUGGUUGGUUAGGCCACAAAUCAGUGGUUGGGAUGGCAAAUCAGCUGAAGCACAGAAAUUGAAUGUUUUCACCUUUUUUUUUUUUUUUUUUCAAGAAAGGGGAA